UCUGUGGUGGCGGCACGGAGGCCGCUGCCCCUGGUUCACCCCGCUGCCAUCGCGGUUAGGCGGGAGGGGUUGUGGGAGAAUGGAACCGACUUUGGAUAAUGAGAAAUUUUACAGACCAUCCUAUAUUGCAAGCAUUGAGCCAUCUCCAAGAGCAGGACCAGUAAGCGUGGAAGAUAUUAAAGCAGAUCUCUCCUCUGAAUUUUCUUUGGUCGAUUCAAGCUCAGACACGAGCCAGAGGAGCAKUUUGGAGUCUAAGGGACACAUACAAGUUUGCCUCCGUAUCAGGCCAUUUACAGCAUUGGAAAGAGAAAAUGGAUCACAGGACUGUGUUUCACUUGAAGACUCAACAAAUAUUGUACUGAAGCCCCCCCAACACUAUUUGAGUCGACUAAGUGAAAAGACUGCGGGACAGAUGUUACAGAAGUUCACUUUUUCUCAAGUGUUUGGACCUGAAACAACCCAAGAAGAAUUCUUUGARGGUACCAUGAAGCAACCAGUGCAAGAUUUCCUAGAUGGAUAUAAUCGUCUUGUUUUUACAUAUGGUGUUACGAAUGCUGGGAAAACGUACACUUUCCAAGGGACAGAAGAUGAUGUUGGUAUUCUGCCAAGGACAAUGGAUAUGUUGUUUAAAAGUAUUCAAGGAAAACUGUACACAGCAAUGGAUCUUAAACCCUAUCGGUGUAGAGAUUAUAUAAAGCUGWCUGAAAACCAAGUGAGAGAAGAAGCUGCUAUUAAAAAUUCACUACUUCGUCUAAUAAAAGAGGUAGACCACCAGAUUAGCAACAAAGCACCUACAGAUUUUAAGGAUUUGGAAGAUAUUUCAGAAGACUCAGAACAAGCUAUCRCAACUGCAAGAAAUUACAUCAAGUUUUCUGUUUGGGUUUCAUUUUUUGAGAUUUAYAAUGAAUGUUUUUAUGAUCUACUGAUUCCUGUGUCAAAUGACAAGAARAGAAAAACACUGCGCCUUGCUCAAGACAUCAAGGGAUGUUCUUUUGUAAAAGAUCUGCAGUGGGUUCAGAUUUCUGACGCUAAAGAAGCUUUUAGACUUCUAAAAGUGGGCUUAAAACACCAGAGUAUUGCAAGCACGAAACUAAAUAAUUGCUCCAGCAGAAGUCACAGCAUAUUCACAGUUAAAGUACUAAAAAUUGAAGAUUCMGGAACACCAAGGGUGACCCGAGUCAAUGAAUUAUCACUGUGUGAUCUUGCUGGUUCUGAAAGAUAUACCAAGACCCGCAAUGAGGGUGAAAGACUGAAAGAGAGUGGAAAUAUAAAUACCUCUCUCCUGACUCUAGGCAAGUGUAUUAAUGCACUCAAGAACUGUCAGCAGUCAAAGCUUCAGCAGCACAUACCCUUUCGGGAAAGUAAGUUAACUCACUUCCUUCAAGGAUUCUUCAGUGGAAAGGGGAAGGUGUACAUGAUAGUAAAYAUAAGCAAAUGUGCUUCAGCAUAUGAGGAAACACUGAAUGUGCUAAAAUUCUCAGCCAUUGCACAAAAAGUUUUUGUUAUGGACACAUCUAUUCUUCCCCAAGAUCAGUCAUUUGGCCAGAAGGUGGCAGGAGAAUCAUCACUCCUUAAUGUCACUAGAAUGCCAAUCCCAAGGAAGCGAACUACUAUCCUAUGGGACAGACCCUUAGAAGAUGUGUUUGAAGAUGAUGAUGAUGAUGAUGAUGCAAUGGAGGAACAGCCCAGCACAUCAAGAGAAGAAACAGUGCGGGAAAGUGAAGGAUAUGAAGUUGUUAUUGCAAAAGAAAAAUACAUGAGGCUGCUAAAUCUCAUAGAAGAGCUGAGGAAUAGACUUGUUACUGAAAAGAAAAACAAGUUACUGCUGGAAAUGAAAAUUCGUGAAGAAGUGAUAGAAGAAUUGGCCCAUUAUUUUGCUGAGCGGGAAACUGAUUUCAAAGAGUGCCUUUCUCACGAACGAGCACAGCAUGAAGAAAAUUCUGAAAAACGCCUGGAAAUCUUCAAGGAACUUGUAAAGAGUUACACUAAAAAUGCAGAUGAAAAAUGUGAUUUACAAGAUCAGCCUCGCAGUGAGCAAGCUGGACUUCUGAAAGAAGAAAACAGCAUAGAUACAGGUGCCUACAUUAAUUUUGAGGGUGUUAUUGAUUCUCUGCAAGAUGAUAUCACUGAUAUCAAAAAUCAGGCRGAAGCAGCACACCAGUACAUUGUUUCCCUGGAGGACCCACAGGAAACUAUAGAUUGUCUUGAAAAACAGCUGGCAAAAGUAACUGCUGAACUAGUUGAGACCAAGGAAGAACUGGAAAAGAAAACCAAAGGAGAUAAGAGAGARAGUUCGGAAAAUUACUCUUUUGAUCCAAAGAGACCUAAGAAUUCUGAGACCUACAUGGAAAUACUAGCACUGAAGGAAAGAACUGAAACCUUGGAAGGUSAAAUAGCUACACUSGAAGAACAAUGCCARAGAGAAAAAAAUGAAAAAGAAGMGUUAAAUCAGCAGAUAGCAAGCUURCAUCUUAAGCUCUCUGCUUCUGAAGAAAAGGCUUCUGGCUUAAGUGGAGAACUUCAGCAAUGUCGAGCUGAAUAUCAGGAGACUCUUUCUGAAUUGGACAAUCAAAAAACUAUAAAUAGGGAACAGGAAGAAAAGAUUUUUGAACUAAAUAACAAAGUAACAGGUGCUAAACACAAUAUAAUUGAUGAAAUGUCACAAAUUAAAACAAUGCAGUCCCAGGUAGAUGAUUUGUAUAAAUGUCACUCAGAAUCUUACACUAUGGAUGUAGAUUUAGUUCAUGUGAAGGAUUCAUUAGGCCCUCAAAAAGAUGAACCAGAGACAGUUGAAAUGAGUCCUCCAUCCACGCAACACCAAACUGYUUCUACAGAAGAUCUGAGACAGGAGAGCUCCUUUCACUGCAGCGUUGAAAACAUUUGGGAAGAAUGUAAAAUUAUGAUUAAGGCUUCUUCACAAAAAAGUUAUCGGAUUCAACAACUACUUCAACAAGUCGAAGACUUAGAGAAGAGACUUCAUGAUAGUGAGAAUUACAAUAAUCAACUAAAAAUAAAAUUAGAUGAGAUUACAAAUCAAGAUCAGCAGUCUGUAAAGGAAAAAGAUCUUAUGAAUCAGUUACAAGAGCAAAUCCAGAAGAAAACCCAGGAUUUUGAAAAACAGGCUGCAGAAGAUCAGAGAGUAAUUGCACAGUUUCAAGACAAAGUUACCAGCUAUGAGGGAAAAAUAAGAGAUCUUGAAUGCCUGUUGGAGGCUUUUAGGACUAAAGAUGACAGCAUGAAAGARUUAGAAAAAGAACUAAAAGAAAAAGAAUCUAUAAUCUUAACUCUAGAAAGUAAUACUGUAGUUCUGCAGGAGAAAUGUACCAGUUUAGACAAAAAACUGAAAGAACUGUAUGAUCAAGAAGCAAAUCUGAAGGCUGAAGUUUUGCARUUGAUGAGCAGUUUGGAGACCACAAAACACAUUCUUCAAGAAAAAGAGAAAAAUGAAUUUGAGCAAAUACAGUCCAUAGAACUGCUACGUAAAGAUCUUUCUGAGAGCUCUGACCUUGUACAAAGUUUGAAAAAAGAUUUGCAGAGGAAAGAGGAAGAAUACACAGAUUUGAAAGAGAAAUUUUCUGAUGCCAAGAAACAAAUUCAACAAGUACAAAAAGAGGUGUGUGCAAUGCAAACUCAGGAGAAAUCCCUGAGGAGACAAGUUGAUGAACUUGAGAAAAUUAAAAAGCAGUUUAGUGAAGAAUUAGAGUUGAAACAGCGCACAAUCCUGGAACUUAAAAAGGAGCAGUUGAAUAAAGAAAAGCUGGACGAAAUCUCCAAACAGUAUGAGAAAGCACAUAAAGAUCUGUGUGAAAAAGAAAAAAUAAUUGAAGAUAUGCGGAUGACAUUAGAAGAACAAGAACAGACUCAGAUUGAACAAGAUCAAGUUCUUGAAGCYAAAUUAGAAGAGACCAACAGAUUAGUUUUGGAACUGGAAGCAUGGAAGCAGAAAUACAGAGAGCUGAAUAACCAGUGCAAUAGUGACUGGCAGCAAAAGAUGAGCAAAAAUGAGGAAUUAAUAAAGCUGCAAAAAGAACUGGAGGAAAAUGAGGCAAAGCAUCAAACUGAUAGAAAAAGGUGGCUUGAGGAAACAACGGGCCUCMUAAAUCAAGUAAAAGAAGCUGAGAAUUGUCGCAACAGGGAAAUGAGGAAGUUUGUGGAGUAUAGAGAACGUCACGUAAAGCAGCAAGCAGAAAUUGAAAGACUUGCUGCACAGCUGGUAGAGAAGGACAACAAUCUUCAAAAGUGGCGUGAAGAAAGGGAUGAACUAGUAGAAGCUUUGGAAUUACAGCUCAAGACUUUGGCUUCUAGUGCCAUACAAAAAGAUAAAGAAAUAGAAGAGCUGAAACARGCUGCACGAACAACUUCAGAAAAGGAUAAGGAAACUGACGUAGAAGAUCUAAGGAAACAGCUGGCAGAGAAAGAUGACUUUAUAAAAGAAAUGAAACAGCAGCUUGAUGAAGAAAAUGUUCAGUCUUUGGMAGAAGAAGACAAGUCUUUACCUGAAGAAGGACAAGAUAAAAUUGAUCAGUCUGUAAUCCAAGAGGACCAUUCUGAAAUUGUCCUUGACUCUACUGAAGUGUCCACAGAGGAUGGAAAAACCAGUCGCUUYCCAAAACCAGAGAUGGAAAUCCAGUUCACACUUCUGCAGCCCAAUAAGGUGGAGGUGAAGCACCAGGGCAGCACCUCACCAGUUACAGUUAAAAUACCCAAGCCAAGAAGGAAAAGGAAGAGUGUAGAGAUGAAUGAGGAUUUUGUGAAAAGUGAGAAGAAGAGAAAUGCAAAACCUGCUAUGACCGAUUCACCUUCUGUAAACAACAAAAAUAUGGUGUCUACUGCACAAUCGCUUAAAAAAGAAUAUCCCUUAAGAAGCCAAGAAUCUACUCUAAGUAAAAAGUCAGCCAAGAGGAAAGAUGGGACUCUACAGAAAAUUGGUGAUUUUUUCCAAACUUCUCCUAGUAUUAUUAGCUCUAAAGCAAAGAAGCUUAUUGAGACAAUAAGCUCUCCCAAGUCUGCAGAACCACAAAAUGUCAAAGAAAAUGAGCUCAAGCCAAAACGAGCUAAGAGAAGGCUCUAUUCAAAUGACAUUUCUUGCCCUCUGGAUACCCCAUGUUCUUCAAUCCUUUUUGAACCAAAAGAGAAGGAAAGUGAUCAUCUGAUCAUCAAGCGACGACUGCGCUCAAGAACAGCAAAAUAACCAUGCAAAAGUGUAUAUAUUUUUUUAGCUAGGACCUAUUCCCAUUGUAUUAUUCCAGYUUGUUGUAUGUAGGAAGCAAUAGAUAUUUAGUCGAGCUAAAGAGUCUGAUUAUAGUUGUAUAGAAUUGUUCUGACUCCAUUAAAAUUGAGAAGUUCRUCAAAGCUUGUGUGUGAAACUUUUUAUUUUGUUUACUUGGAACAGUGUCUUUGGAAGUAUUCAUAACUUACUCAUUGUGCAGUA